AUGUCGGAGGAAGCGAGCGCGGGCUCUGCCUUCGCGUCACAGGCCUCACAGGUCUCACAGGCCUCACAGGCCUCACAGGCCUCACAGGCCAGUGCUGGUGGUUCUUCCUCGGUAGACCAGGGACCUGCCGCUACCGACGCGAAGGCUUCAGGAGAGGCUAUCGACGAGAUGCUGGCCGCAACUGACCCCGACAGCAAAAAACGCAAGUACCCAGAGCCCGGCUUCCCAACUAAAAGGCGUAUCGUCGAGUGGGUGCGCGACGAGGAAUCGCUCAGAGCCAACGUCAGCGCCAACCCCAAGCUGUCUAAGGCCAAGCAAAUUCACGCUGGAGGCAAAGCUUCGACAGCCGACAUCGAAGAAGCCCUGGUGGAAUUCAUCAACGAUCAGCGCAAGCAUCACGUCGGCUGUGGUAGCAUGGCGGUCAUGAACAAGCUGCUUGAGUUGAAGCCUGAUGCCGCUGGCGGGCUGACAGCCAAGCCGAAGCCGGAGGAGGCGUUGGCUUUCAACAUCCGCCGGUGUACAAGCGUGGGCCAAAAGCUACCGAAGGGACACGAGGGCAUGGCGUGGGCGACGUUGAUGAAGCUGCGUAAGGCUCUCCUGGAGCGUGCUGGCAAGAUCUACGCUCAGCGCUACCCGCCUGCACCUGGCGAGAACCCCAUCAGAGGGGAGGACCUGAGCUCAUCGCAGCUGGAGUUGGUGACCGACGAAUUGUUCGAAGAACUGGGCAACAUGGACCAGACGCCAGUCCAGCACGAGACGCCGGUGGAGCGACUCUGGAAAAGACCGGUGCGAAGGAUGCCCGCAUCGCCACCGGAGGAACGCUUCACGCUCUGCCUGGCUGUCUCGGCGGAUGGCAAGAAGGUCCCGCUGCGCAUCAUCUUCAAGGGUACGCCUUUCGUCCCGCCUGCCACGCCCGGGAAGGGAAAGGCGACUCAGCCGCGGAAGAACUCUAUCGCGUGGGAGGUACUUCCUGCGAACCGCUCCAAGCACGGGCUCCCCGUGGGAGGCAUGUCCUUCGGGGUGCAGGAGAAGAGCUGGUGUGACCUGCGGGAGUGCAAGCUCUGGAUCAAGGACAGCUGGAAGCUCCGUCCCAACAACGGCAGCAUCGUCCGGCAGCGCCGAUGCAUCUUGGUGCUGGACGACUUCAAGUGCCACAAAGACGAUGGCUUCAUCGCGGCCCUCAAGAGGGAAGCCAACACCAUCGUCAUCUUCAUUCCAGGCGGGUUGACUCCUCUCCUCCAACCGCUGGAUCGCAUGCUCAACAAGCAGAUGAAGCGGCUGCUGCGGGGCAUGUACACGGCACACACGGCAAAGGCGGCCAGGGACCCCAAGACGGGCAAGCUGGCACCGCCGGGGCGUGGGGCCGUCGCUACUUGGUGCAAGAACGCGUGGGCAUCCAUCACCCCCGAGACAGCCAAGACUUGCUUCAAGAUCUGCGGCCUCACGCUCGCGCUCGACGGCAGCGAAGACCACGCCUGGUGCCUGCACAACUUCGGGGACGGCUACCGCGAGCUCCUGGAGCAGCAGCGCGUCGAAUGGCUUGCGGAACACCCCAACGUGACUCUGCCGCCGCUCCAACUUCCGAAGGUACCAGCCGAAUCAACCGCCAAUCACAUCGAGGCUGCAGCAAAGGAGCUCGAGGCGGGGCUUUUGCCUCGCGGCGACGACAGCGACAUCGAGAUUGAGGAUGACGACAGCGAUGUAGAAGUCGUGGAAGGGGCGGGGGAUGAAGAAGUGAUCGAGCUGUAA